UCUAUUAUCAUGUGUGUUUGACAUUUACGCGUCCCUAGCUGUUUUGAUUUGAUGCUUUGUUGUGAAACAGUGACAGGAGAUAUUUUGCGCAGCCAUUAUUAGUUUCGGAAAUCGUUGCAUUUACGGUCUUAUAACAAAUCAUUGUGAUUAUGAAAAAACACCUCACUCUUAGUGAGAAUCCAAAGAUGAAUACCAAAAAGAAGGACCUGGAAAUCAUCUACAGCCUGCAAUGGAGGACGAAACCAGAAAAUGGUGGUAGCGACAAGGCGAACAUCAUAGGAAUGUACGAUAUUCCUUCUACCACUUUGAACUGGGAGGUUUUCAAAUCGUAUUUGCUCAAGAACUCUGGCACAGUAGGAGAUGACGUGAAAGUAUCAUACAUCACAGACAGCAACAGAGAAUUUCCCAUAGAGUCUCAAACAGACUUCCAAAUUGCUCUGUAUGCUUUCCGACGCAAAGCACGAAUGGGUGCCAUUGUAAACCUCAAAUUGGACAGAAUUUCUGCAGAGCAGUCCUGCAUGAAAAAAGUUAGACUGUCUAAUGAUGUAGAGACACAGUUUGAUAACAAUGAAGCUGUUUCACUUGCAUCCACCUGUUGCAACUUUGAGUCGCCGCCAGAGUGGUUUGUUUCCUAUAUGGAUCAGUUUAAGAAAACAAUCACUGAGGAAGUAGUUGCAUCAGUAACAAAUAUCGUUUCAAACAUAAAACCUCAUGCUGCAAGUCAGCCAUUAUGCUAUCAUUCACGUAAAUCUAAAGGUGAAAGCUCCAAACAGAGGAUCAGGAAGCUUCAACCACUUAUUGGAGAUGCUGGACAUGAAGGAAUUUACACACUCGUUUGGUUUCUUUUUCGCUUUCAUCUUCAACAUGACGAGUAGAGUGGCGUGAGGCCUGCAUAGAGAUAUGCCUUUUCUCCGUUAGUGCAAACAUUUUUACUGAACAACCAAGAAGAUACCACAGGUUCCAGGAGAUAUAUCUAUAAAUUGAAUUUUCAGAAACGUG